UUGAGUUUUUUAAGUGUUUUUAUUUUAAUCUGUUGGAUAAGGGUCUGAAAAAACAAUUUUCCUUCACAAAUAUUCAUCACACUAAUUAUUCUAUUUACAUAUACGCCUACGUGAAACACAAUUACCGUUUUGGAUAGUGUGACUGCUACUUACAGCAGUAUAUAGAUCUAAUAAUUUUCAUCAGACAAACUAUUAGGAAAGCUACAAUUCCUCGGACGUAGAACACGAUUGGACACCUCGAGUGAGUACUGUAUACACCAACAUGUCUCCCCUGUGGGUACUGCUUCUACUGCCAACCUUGACCUACGCUGGGGUCACAGAGGACGCGACCCGUUUGUUCCAGUCGUUCGACACCAACGGAGACGGUAAACUGGAACCGGAGGAGUUUUUUGUUUACAUGCGGGCUUUCGAUAUCGACCAUGAUGGAGGCAUGUCCCUAGCCGAGAAACAAAAUAUGAUCAACUCUUUUGUUCCUGCCCUGGUCAAGUACGUGGCCCCCCGUUUCAAUGAGGUUGACCUGAACAAGGACGGCAAGCAUGACGAAGCAGAGAUGUACCAGACGCUUCUAUUCAUGGACACCGACAAGAGCGGCUUUGUUGACAGGCCGGAGUUUGUCAAAUUUAUCGAAUAUAUCUCAAGUUACAAGAUCUAGAUCUUCUUAGUUCCUGAUAAUAGCAAUGAUAACCCUCUACUAUAAAAAAAUAUAAAUUUUGAAUGUGAAAAUAAAGCUUCUUAAAAGCACUUAUUUUUUA